GGCAUUAUACUAUUGGAUUUAACCUAGGACUGGCUAGGCUUUUUUCGUGCCGCUAUAAUCAUUUAAGUAUAAUUGAAAUAUGUGUGGAAUAUUAUGUUUAUUAACCACUGCCGGUAAAACGACACCCUUGCAGAAAUUAUACAAUGAUUGCAAGAUUCUAAUUGAUCGUCGUGGUCCAAACCAUCAAAAAACUAUGCAAUUUUCUUACAAUAAUACCAACAUAGAAAUAUAUGCAGGUGUGCUCUGGUUGCAAGGUGAUAAUCUAAUCAAACAACCCAUAGAAACAUCAAAAUCUAUAUUUUUAUACAAUGGUGAUAUAUUUGGAGGAACUGCAUUAUCCACACAUGAACAAGCACAUGGUGAUACAGAACUAUUCCUCGAAACUUUAGAAUCAUCCUUGACAUGUGAAAAUUUAUGUAAUAUACAAGGACCAUAUGCAUUUAUUUAUUAUGAUAAAAUUAAUUCUAAUUUACAUUUUGGUAGAGAUAUUUUUGGAAGGCGUAGUUUAUUGUUAGCAGUUGAUAAGCAGAAUGAUGCAUUUUUAUUAACCAGUGUUGCUGUGAGAACUGACUUGCCAGUGAUUGAAGUUCCUUCUAUUGGUAUUUUUAGUUUUAACUUAGUAACAGCUACUUAUAGUUUGAGUUGCUGGCCAAAAAGUUAUAAAAAUUUUGAUGAAAAAUUGAAAAGCGUAAAAAACAUUAUUCAAUGUGAUAUUAAUGUUAAUAACAGAAAUAAUAAAAAUAUUACUAAAUUUGUAAUGCCACAUGAGCAAGACUUAAAAGUUUUUGAAAAUGUAAAAGACUUAACAAUUGAAGCAGGAUUUGAGAGUUUAUUAAAAGAUAGCGUUUGGAUGACGAAUGUAAUGCAGUUAAAAGAAAAACUGGAAAAGGCUGUGAAAAGCAGAAUAUGCACACAGCCCAAGUAUUGUAGCGAUUGUAUAUCGACGAGAAGCGAUUGUGGGCAUUGCCGCGUUGGAAUAUUGUUCUCUGGGGGUGUUGAUUGCACUAUUUUGGCAUUGAUAGCAGACAAAUUCAUAAACAAUGAUAUACCUAUUGAUUUAAUGAAUGUAGCAUUUGACAAAGUAGCAGAUUAUAAUACUCCUGACCGCCUUACUGGUUUACAAUCAUUGGCAGAGUUGCGCGAUUUGAGACCGAUGCGCAAAUGGAAUUUUUUAGAGAUUAAUGUUACCAGAGAAGAAUUAGACGAAGCCAGAUCUGCUCAUAUUGCUGAUUUGCUUUUUCCGUUGAAUACUAUACUGGAUGAUAGUUUGGGGUGUGCUUUAUGGUUUGCCAGCAGAGGCAAAACAGAAACGUAUGUAUCACCAUGUCGAGUUGUUUUGGUGGGAAUGGCGGAUGAAUUAUUCGGCGGGUACACGAGACAUCGCGCCGCUUUUAAAAAUCGCGGGUGGCAUGGAUUGCACGAUGUGUUAGAGGAGGAUUGGGCAAAUAUAGCUCAUAGAAAUCUAGCCCGAGACGAUCGUAUAGUCGCUGACCAUGGCCGUCAAUUGCGUACGCCGUAUUUGGAUGAGGAAGUUGUCGACUUUGUGCAAAGUUUAAGCGUUUGGGAGAAGACUUACCCAGCGAACGAUUUGGCUCAGGGUUUUGGCGAAAAGAUUCUCUUACGCACGCUGGCUUAUUACUUAGGUCUGCGAUGUUCGGCAAGCUUUAAGAAGAGAGCUUUGCAAUUUGGAUCUCGCAUCGCGGACAAAAAAGAAAACGCACAUGAAGUUUCAGCCAGAUUAGCACUUUAAGACGCUAUAGUUCUUAAGUUCAUUGUAUACAUCUAAUUUAUUGCAGAGACAUAUUUUAUCAUAAUUAAUAAAUUAGGUGAGUGUUUUUAA